AUGCCGGCUGAGUCGCGAUUCCGAUUGGUGAGGCCGUUCGACAUCGCCGAGGCCUUCGCUCAGAGGCGGAGCGGCGGCGUCAGGAUUCUUGUGGACGAGCGUCCGGAGCCGACGAGGCUUAGGGCGGCGGCUGCGGUUACUCCGGUGACUCAGCGGCCUCUAGGGAUUUGGGCGACGGGCGGUGGAGUGGCACCGAGCAGUUUGAGGACUCCGGGUACCGGAAUCGGGCGUGAACGUAGUGCGUUUGGGAUGGUGACUCCCGCCAGAGAGAAUACGCAGCCGGUCGGAGGUUCUAGCCGGAGAAGGGCACGGAGGACGAACAGUGUGUUGCCUUCUUGGUACCCAAGAACCCCUCUGCGUGAUAUAACUGCGAUUACUAGGGCCAUUGAGAGGAGAAGAUCUCGCUUGGGUGAGGAGAAUGGCUCUACUGCACAGGUUCAAGUUCCGUCUCUACAUGGUCAGGAUGCUCCUCCUGAGCAUCAAGUCCUUGCUGCCACUCCAUCAACCAUUAAGAAGAGACCUCGCCCACCUUCUGUUCUUAAAGUGCACAAAGUUCUGCUAGAGGUGGCCAAUCAGCCUGAUGAGGGAGAGUUUCUUACACCACAGAAGAAGCUGCUGAACUCCAUUGACAAAGUUGAGAAGGUGGUGUUGGAAGAACUUCAGAGGCUGAAGAGGACCCCGAGUGCUAAGAAGGCAGAGAGGGAAAGAAAGGUUCGGACUUUGAUGUCAAUGCGUUGA